CACUUUGAACCGAUUCCUUCAGUCCACACCAGACUCCUCUUCAACCAACAUGAUCUACCUGGCACUUGGCGUCGGUCUUCUGACCAUCUUCGCUGUCCGAUACUUGCUGGAACAGCGCCGGCUGCUCCGGAUUGCGGGUCACUUUUCCGGCCCCAAGGCGUACCCGUUCGUGGGCAGCAUGCUAGAGUUUGCCGGCCGCGACAUUCCUGGGAUCUUCCAGCGGAUGGUCGAGAUGCACGACGAGUACGGGCGGGACUUUGCCGUGUGGGGCACCGGAAGUGAGCUGAUGUUUGUGUUCAGCUCGGCUCGGAGCGUGGAGAAGGUGCUGAUGGCGAAGGCAACGCAGAAGUCGGAUCUGUACACGAUGAUUGAGCCUUGGUUGGGGAGGGGUUUGUUGAUAUCUUCCGGGGAGAAGUGGUUCCACAGGAGGAAGAUUAUUACGCCGACGUUUCAUUUUAAGAUUUUGGAGGGAUUCGCAGAGGUGUUUAACCGCGAGACGGGUGUUUUGGUAGAGAAGCUGAGGAAGCAUGAUGGGAAGGAGGAGUUUGAUGUGUACGAUUAUGUUACGUUGCUGGCUUUGGAUAGUAUAUGUGAGACAUCGAUGGGAGUUCAUGUCAACGCCCAGCAGAAUCCAAACAACCAGUACGUUUGUGAUGUUAAACGAAUGAGUGAGCUGAUACUGUUGCGAAUAUUUAGCGUGUUCAGCUCUUUGAAAACGUUCUACUGGUAUCUGAUGCCGAAAGCUUGGGAGCAGCGCAGGCUGAUAAAGAGAUUGCAUCAGUUUACUGAUUCGGUCAUUCAGAAGCGACGCAAACAGCUACAGCAAGAUAAACAGCUUGGUUCGGUGGAGUUUGACCUCAACGAAGCGGACAUGUACUCGAGAAGAAAGCAAACCUUCCUGGAUCUGUUGCUGAACGUGACUGUCGAUGGGAAGCCCCUGUCCGAUGAGGACAUCCGCGAGGAGGUCGAUACGUUCAUGUUUGAAGGUCACGACACAACCACCUCGGGUAUUGCCUUCACAAUCCUGCAACUCGCCAAGCACCAGCAUCUCCAGCAGAAGGUCUACGACGAAAUAGUAGCAAUUCUCGGUCAAGGAGGUUCCAAAACAACCCCACUAACCUACAACAACCUGAACGACUUCAAAUAUCUAGACAUGGUAAUCAAAGAAUCCCUGCGACUUCUACCCCCGGUAUCCUUCAUCGGACGUCGUCUGCUUGAAGAUACCGAAAUCAAUGGAGUGACCAUCCCCGCCGGCCUGGACGUAACGGUGCCCAUCUACAUCGUGCACCGAAACCCGGACGUGUAUCCCGAUCCGGAGCGGUUCGAUCCGGAACGAUUUGCCGAAGGUUCAGAGCAGCAGCAACGUCGCGGACCAUACGACUACAUCCCGUUCAGCGUCGGUUCUCGAAACUGUAUCGGACAACGGUACGCCAUCAUGGAGUUGAAGAUAACCAUCAUCAAGUUGCUAGCUAACUAUCGCAUUUUACCAGGCGAUAAAUUACGCGAUGUUCGAUUCAAGACGGACUUGGUGCUAAGACCAGCAGAAGGAAUCCCAAUCAAGAUUGUGACCAGACAGUGAGUUUCAAUUAAUCUUCUGUUUGACUUUGCCCUCAAUAAAGAAGUUCGCCUCA